AUGCUACAGCGCACAGCGGGCUCGCACCUGGCGCGUUCACUGUCUUUGAGCGCGCUAUCCAUUGGCGCUGUGUCGUUCGGUGUAGGUGCAGUAGCGCUGUAUGUGGACGCACCCGUUGCCGACCUGGGGGACGGCAAGUACGAUGGUGGGAGGCGCACCGAGGUCUUCCCGGAAUGGCUGCACGACUUGGCGCGCGUGCCUCUUUUCGGCGCUGCAACGCUGGCCUCCAAGUUCUACUUGCAGCUGCUGAAUCGGACGACGGUGGAAGGUGCGGAGCUCCUGAUCCAGCAACUGGAACAGCGGCCCAAGGGCACUGCCCUCAUUACGGUAUCCAACCACUCGGCAACGGUGGACGAUCCUGCAGUAUUCGCUAAUAUGAUGCCGUGGAAGUACAUGUGGCCGCGAUACGGACGAUGGAGCUUGGCCAGUCAGGAGUACUGUUAUACGAAAGGGAAACUGUUGUCAACGGUGUUCUUUGGUGCUAAGACGCUUCCAGUGAAACGCGGAGCUGGUAUUGACCAUCAGAUGAUUCAAGCUAUCUUUGACAAGGUGGAAGAGGGCGCGUGGGUUCAUGUAUUUCCCGAGGGAAAAAUUGUUCAACACGAAGCACUCGGUGGGCGACCAAGUCCGCGUCGUGAGGAGGUCGGACGUCUAAAAUGGGGUGUGGGCAAACUUAUUGCUCGUGCGACCACCCGGCCUAUCGUGGUGCCGGUGUAUCACUUCAACAUGGAGAAGCUCAUGCCACAGGACAAGAACAACCGUCUCAUCAGCCUCGUGCCCAAGACGAACCUUGAUCUGGGUGUGAUCGUGGGCGAACCGCUAUCCUUUGACGACCUAUUCGAGCAAUACUCAGACGACCGUGUGUCCGGUGGUUCUCCGUGGGAGACGCAGGAACGCGAGAAGGCUUUGUACUCGGCCAUCACGCGGAGAAUAGAGAACGCGCUGCUAGCACUCGAGAAACAAACCCAUCGCCUGCAGCAAUAG